CCCGGCUGGUGCAUAGAUUGCUCUGAAAAUUGUUCAUCAUGCUGUUUAUUAUCUAUGUAACGUUAUAACACGUUGUUGCAGUAAUAUGCGGUUAGCUGGUCAUUCACUCCUAAAGGAAAAUCUUACUGGUCGUUUGGUAGGGAAGAUUAUUUUUCACUCUCCAAAUAUAACAGGGUCUAGCUCUUUUGUAACCGGUUGGGUUUGACCUCCUUUUCUCCUCCGCACUUACGCUCGAGACUAAGUGUUGAAAGUCAAAUGCGAUUGUGGAGUGCCUUCACCCCAAUUACUCUACUUCCCGUUGUCACGGCUGGUUUUCUUGUUGGCCAAAUGACUCCCGACCUGACACCACCUGUUGGCCAAAUGACUCCCAACCAGACACAACCGUUCGGGGCCAUCGUCCCUUCACUUGGUAGUUCAUAUGAAAGUAGGUAAACCAAAACUUUCUCCUGGUCUUAACCUAUGUUUUCCCAACAGACACUUGCAUUUGGGCAAUGCAUUACCACGACGACAACGG